AUGUUACCACGAGUAAAUUUUGAACUACGAAUAAUGAUGGUACUAUGGACAGUUGUUGCGCGAAGAAUAGUUACGGUACCGCAAACAGCUGUCUUGCCACGAGCAGCUAAGGUAAUACGAAUAAUUGUGAUACCACAAAUAUUUCUGAUACCACAAGCAGUUGUGGCGGUCCAAAUAACUGUGGUAACACGAAUAACUACGGCACCCGAAUAA